UCUAAAUUUUGGCUAUAUAAUGGUGCCUACCGAUGGGUUUAAUCAUCAUUCAGUGUUCGAAUCGUUAACAAAGCAGUCAAGCACACAAACAAUCAUGAGCGGAAGAGGCAAAGCAGGCAAAUCGAAGGGAGGUAAAUCCAAGACCAGGUCGUCCCGUGCCGGACUCCAGUUCCCCGUCGGUCGUAUCCAUCGUCUGUUGAGGAAAGGAAAUUACGCCGAGCGCGUCGGAGCCGGUGCACCGGUAUACCUGGCCGCAGUUAUGGAAUAUUUGGCAGCCGAAGUGUUGGAGUUGGCCGGUAACGCUGCCCGUGACAACAAGAAAUCUCGUAUCAUUCCCAGACAUUUGCAAUUGGCAAUCAGGAACGACGAAGAAUUGAACAAAUUGUUGUCCGGUGUUACCAUCGCACAAGGCGGUGUGUUGCCCAACAUCCAAGCCGUUCUUUUACCCAAAAAGACCGAGAAAAAAGUUUAAUCACUUUAACUACCUACCACCUAGUCGUCUAAUAAAACGGCCCUUUUCAGGGCCACCAAUCUAUUGUUAAGCAAAUAUCCCCCUUCUACUUCCUUUUUUUUCAAUUGCAUUAGACUUUAUCAACAAACAAACACACACAUGUGCGGUUCCUAAAAUAUCAAAAUUUAGACGUUAAUGCGAAUGUUAAUAUUAGUCCACGAGUACUUUGGAUGUCAUGACCAAAAUAAUUAUAUUAGUUUGAUUCUGGCAUUUUAAAAUUCCCGUUAAAAUAUUAAUUCGCAUUAAACCACCGUUUACGUGCAUUUUUUAAUCCCAGAAUAAGAGCGGUUCGAUUUGCAUUAAAAUAUAAUAAAUGCGUUUU